UCCACGGUCACCUAUCUUCUUCAGUUACCUUUCCACGGUUUUAGCGAAUAACAAAACGGUGACGCUCAGAGAAACAAACGCGUAAGUGGGACGUUAUGCUCCUGAAAAGAAGAUUCAGUCAAGUAAUUUAUGUAUUCCUGACCCGCCGGUGACCGCUGUCAUCAUGUCCCAGACCAACUCUUCUCUCCUGGACGAGGUGCUGCAGUGGAGUCAGGAAACCUGCCGCCAGAAUCUCAAGUCUGUCCUGCCCAAACUCACCUCUUUGCAUAAUAACUCUGAGAAUUGGGAUGAUCAUAUACGUAUACUGAAGGUCAUCACGGACAUGUUCCUCCCUCAUAUUGGUCUGUCUGAGCUGGAAGAUGAGUGCUUCUCCAAGAUCCUACCAAAGGCGGUGACCAUGUUUGAAAGCAUGGUCAAAGAACUCGUGGACCAAGUAGGAGGGCUGUCCAGUCAAAACACUGAACUGUGUGCCUUACUAAGAAACAUUCUGCAGGCAAUGGUGCAGAUAAUUGAUGCCCUAUCCACUUGUGUGCGUCACAUUGGCACAUUUGAGGAAGUCCCUGACUUAGAUGCCAUCCGCUCGUUACCGACUUGUAUCCUGAAGGUUCUGAGGGAAACCUUUCAGCACUGCAAGGAGAGUGAGGUGGUUUACUGUGGCCGUCUGUCCCUGGUGGCUGACCUGCUGCAAGGACUCUUCAAGGAGGCUUACUCCCUCCAGAAGGGUCUGCUGGAGCUGCUGGACCGCAUUUCCCUGGACAGCAGUGGCGCAGAGGAAGAGGUCUCUGAUAUUGUAACAGUGAUUCACAACAUGCUGGACAUCUGCUCUAUUAUCUCCAACCUGGACAUAGCACUGCACGCAAACACGUGGAAAUUCCUCAUCAAACAGAGUCUGAAGUACCAGUCAUUGGUGGAGGAACACCUCCAUCACGGUGACAUCAGCAACAGCCUGUGUGACAACCUGAUGGUCUCCUUCAACAACUGUGUGGAGCUGGCUGAACAGAUUAAACAUGCUGGUCUGCAGGAGGCAACACAAAGCCCAGAAUACAAACUGUUCCAGAAAACUGCAAAAUGUCGAUUCUUUGCCAACACUUUGGUUCAUUACAUAAAGGAAUUCAAGUGUUUUCUGACAAAGUAUUGUAACUGCUAUCACCAACUCUACCUCCAGAUCAUCAGUAAGUUCCCUCCCAGCUUGUGUGCUCCAACGUUGCCCUCGGCUCUGUCAGGGGAGCUGAAGGCCGCGGCUCUGGUUCCCAUGGAUGCCCUCUUGCUCCAGCUGUUACCUUUAAGGCCCUUCGUCGAAUUUGUCCUCCAGAAUGAGCUGCGGCUAACUCCCGACCACCAGCUUCCUCAGUGUCUGAUGCUGGUGAGCGUCCUGGGUCAGCUCGCCUCGCAGCCGGAGGAGGUGCUGCAGCUUUGGUACACCGGCAGCCACUUCUCAGAGGACACGCCCAGGCUUCCUCUCUACCAGGCGUUGUUCACUAGUUUCAGGCGAUGCUGCACUGAGCGUCGGGUACCUGUGCUGUUGCCGGGGGUGAUGAUGAAGGGACAGGCCCAGGUCCUGGUCACUCUGCACACCCACAUGUGUGUGCAGCUCUGUGCCAGUGUGGCGGCGCUUCCCCCCGUGUACUUCCCCGUGCUGGAGCGUUGUUUGAUCGAUACGGUCCUGCAGACUGAUACCCAGACAGCUCUACUGGCAACGGAUGUGUGGUGCUUCACAGCACGGUAUGGAACAGCAGAACUUUGUCUCCAUCAUGUCCUCCUCGUUGCGCAGCUGGUGAAAUCUUGCACCGCUGAGUGUCACCAGUCGGUCCACCUGGGCCUGCUGCUCAAACGCCUGGUGUUCCUCAUGACGCCGGACCACCAGAUGGAGCUGGUGCGGAGCUUCCCACCGUCCGAGCUGGAAAACCUUCCAGUGUGGCGACACGUGCUUCUCCAAGCUUUUUCACAGGACGCUUGUCCCAGUGUCGAGGCCGACAUCGUGGGCCUAACUCAAAAAGCUCUGACCGACUGGCAGAAUGGAGGGUACAAACUAGGACAAGUGGACAAAGUGGUGAGCGCGACCUCUGGUUCGGGUUGCACCGGGGACGUAAUCUUAACCAGUCGGUGCUCUUUGUUAACGUCACCAUAGUGGCCAGUUUUGACCUCUUCCUACCACACGUGAGUAGUGGGUUAAUGUCUGCUUUGUGGUCAAAUGAAGACGCCAUAACUGCAAAGACACGCUCGUGUAAACUCUGCAUUAUUUCAAAUUGUGCGAUACGUGUAAAAGGUGUUUAUGUACAUGUUUGCCUCUGAAGAAGAGGAAGAUGUAGUGACUGAUGAGAAAAGGGGCAGGGCAAGGCUGCGACCUUGUUUCUGUCCUUGUGCCCUCCAGAGAGGGGAUAGAUGACAAGUGACCACCACGUUAUAUAGAGUGAGAUAAGCUUGCUCCCAUUGUGGAGAAUGCAUGGCACAGAUUGGUGUUCCAUGGUUUAUAAAGUUCUGGUCAUGACAGCAUAAUACAACACAAGUGUUGAACACAGUGUUGAUAUAAUGCAGGGGUGUCCAAAGUCCGGCCCGCGGGCCGGUCAGAUUUCAUACGGCCCGCGACAUCGGUCAUAUGUGUUAUUUGUGGCCCGCCAGAUCUGUCAGAAUAAAUAAAUCAUAAAAACUUGAAAGACGUAAUUCCUCCUUUCUAAUGUAUCUGGCUCUGCAUCCGUGGCGUGAACCCUUCUCGAAACCUAUUUGCCAUGGCGACGGCAAAAAAAAAGGAGAAAAGUUGACUGAGGGCCGCCGCUUUCAGGAGCGGUGGGAAUUACUAGUGUUUCCCAUACCAUGAGAACAGGGUGGGGGUCCGCCCCACUGACAUGUUCUCUAUAGCGCCAGAUUACAACAUAAGAAAUGUCAGGUUGUUUUAUUCAACUAAACGGUCGUAUAUUAUUGAUCGUAUCUACACAGCGGCAUAGCAUUUCUGUCUCUACGUGGUGGCGUUCACACUUCUCCUGGCUCUCGGUAUCGCCGUGGAGCUCCGCCCCCAUGCGCACAGACAGGUGCGCACAUACAGGUGAGCGCGCUGCAACCAGCCGGCAGAGAGCGUCCAAUAUGUCGCGGGAACAGCAAACCGACACCUCUGCGUUCCCACGGUGGUGAAGACAAGUCGUCUCAGAGUAGCUCUCUGCUCCGGGUUCAAGAGCAGAGACGAGGUGGGGCGCGAGGGGAAAUGCAGAUUAUUUUAUUUCAAGACCUUGUUUGAGAACUUCACAUAUUACAAACUACACGGACAUAAAACUAAGUCAUUAAUAAAUAAAGAGCGAAAUGCCUGUCGCCGACUUUCGUGUAAAUGUGUACGUUACGACGUUAACCGGUUACGCUGCGCAUGCGCGACAGACGAGAUUCUUGGAGACUUGCCAGGUGUUACCUCUCAGCGUUCCAGCUGUUGCCCUUCAAAACAAGAGCUCAACAUUGAGCUUUAUGGAGAGUGGCCGUAUCAAGCCUGCAACCCCGUUUUAAAAAGAGGUGUAGUGGAAAGCCCAUUUUAUCACAUAGAAAAAAAACGUAAUGACUCAGACAUAUCUGCACUUGUUUUGUUUUUCAAAGGUUGCGCGUUAUUGUUAUUUUGAAAAGAUAUGCAGUGUCACUAACACUCAGUAAACUCUUUAUGCCCAAAUAUUUGAUCUUAUUGUUUAUUUUUUCACAGGUUGGACUUGAUUGAUAUUAUCUUGAAAAGGUAUUCAGUGCAAAACAGGUUAAUUGCAACGUUAUGUAACUCAUAGAAAUGUAAGGUUUUCUAUAUACAGCUUUUUCAUUGUUAUCUGACUGAAUGAAAGGCAGACUUGGUUAUAUGAUAUGUGGUUACAUUGUCAUUUAAAAAAUAAAAGUAAUUGUGACAGUAAAAAUAAAUUGUUUUAUCACAGUGUAUUUUCAUGUAACCUUUGUGGUUUAAAAAAUGUCUAAAGGAACUAUUGGCCCCCGGGCAUCUGUACUUUAUCACAAUUGGCCCCAGUUGCAAAAAGUUUGGACACCCUUGCACUAGUCUGAUGUUUUAUUUCCCAAACAGACAUACACUAUGAUAAUAGUGUGUCAGGGGCAUCCACUCGCUAUAAUGCAAUUUGUUUGCUGUGAAUUUAUUUGAGCAAAUAUAGGCUACUAAUUUCCUGUAGGAAGCUCUUAAGCCAAAUUGAUUUUAUGAAUAGGCUACAUAUGAUAUGAAUAUUCAUUGAGUUUAAAACGAUACUGUUAAGCAGAGCUUGACUGCAUGUAUCGACUCAACAUAUAUAAACUUGGGAGGACAAAAACACUGGAUGCAAGUUUGUUUGAAUGAUACUCCAGUGCUUUAUUACCCGCAGGUGCGUCAGCUUAUAUAGACCGUGGUCACAUGACACAUACACCUGAAGUGUAUAAACAAUAGUUGGGAGCACAAUCAGUCUCAAUUAACACCCCCAGUUGAUCACACAUUAUUGACUACCAUAAAUCAUAACAAAACCAAACAAACAAACAUGGAAGCCAACUGCAAUUAACUGGCUAUACCCCAAACAGGAACAUGGAAAAAGUAAGUAGCUUUGCUUUAGUAGCUGGUUUUGUCAUUAAGUCAGCUACCAUCUGGUCUGUUGGGCAAUACUUCAAACAUACUUUACAGUCAUUAACAGUCGAUCUCACAAAAUGGUAUUUUAUAUCAAUGUGCUUACAUCUGUCUGCUGACUGGAUUCUUGGCUAAUGCAAUUGUACCUUGGUUAUCUUCAAAAAUCGUAGGUACGUCAUACAGACAGUCAUCAGGAUGUUCAAGCAGUUGAGAUAAGUACAGACACUCUUGUGUGGUGGCGGCCAACGCCAUGUACUCUGCCUCACAGGUUGAAAGUGCUACAGUUGGCUGCUUCUUGGUCUUCCAGGAAAUCAGAGGACCGUUCUCACUCAGACUAACACAAUAACCAGUUGUACUGCGUCGGUCAGUUGCAUCACCUGCCCAAUCUGCAUCACUGUAAGCAAACAACCUCAGCCCAUCACAUUUUCUGGAGCACAACUUUUUGUCAUCUGUGCCCUUCAAGUAUUUCAGGACAUGCUUAACAGUUGUCCACUGCUCUUCUGUCGGCUCACUGACAUGCUGUGACAGUUUGCUUACAACAAAACUCCGAUCAGGUCAGGUGCAUGAGGUUAGGUAGAUUAGGCUACCCACUGCCUCUCUGUAUUUUCUGGGGUCACCUAGCUUCUCAUCAUCAGUGUAAUGCAGUUUUGGUUCACAAGGUGUCGACCUGGGUUUACAAUCCUGCAUAUCAAACCUGUCAAGCAGCUUGUCAACAUAGCUCUGCUGUGACAUGGUCACACAUCCAUUAAACUGGUCAAAAGUGAUGCCAAGAAAGUUUUUCAGUCUGCCCAAAUCUUUCAUUUGGAAUUUCACAGCAAGCAUCUCUUUUACUGCUUUUAAAGCUCCCUCAUCACUGGCUGCAAUAACCAGGUCAUCAACCCAGAUCAGUAUGAUCAGCUUGUCAUGUUCCGUUUCUCUCGUAUAAACACAGUGAUCGGCUGGGUUCUGUACAAACAUGUUUUCACAUAGAUAGUCGUGCAACAUUUUGUUCCAGUUUCGACCCGAUUGUUUAAGCCCAUAUAGUGAUUUCUCUAGUCUACACACCAUCUUCUCAUUUGUCUGAGAUUGUACAUCUUAACCCUCUGGCCAUUCCAUGUAAAUCUCACAAUCAAUUGGUGCAUGCAAGUAGGCAGUUUUAACAUCCAUCUGAUGUAGGAUCAGAUCCUGCUGGGCAGCUUUCUGCAUCAACGCUCUCACACUAGUCAGGUCGACAGUAGGAGAAAACGUUUCUCCAUAGUCUACACCCAUCUGUUGACUGUAUCCCUUGGCUACAUAGCGGGCCUUGUACUUGUCAGAUCCAUCAACAUUGGUUUUGAUCGUAUACACCCAUCUACCCCCCACUGCUUUCUUACCCUCUGGUAAGGUGGUCAGAGUAAAUGUGUUGUUAUCCCUCAGUGCCUUCAUCUCCUCAUCCAUUGCAUCUACCCACUCUCUUGAGUUGGAUGAAGUCACAGCAUCUCUGAAUGUCUGAGGUACAUUACAAACCAUCCUGUAGCAAUAAUCAAUAUUGAUCUGAGCCUGAUCACUCUCUAUCCCAUAGAAGUCUAGCCGCCUCCUCUCUCUAGCAGGGUAUCUCUGUGGAGACUGGGAUUCUGGCUUGACCUCACCUGUCUGUAGGCCUAUCUGACUUGGACCUGGCCUAGCCUCUGGGAUGUCAUUCUGCUCGGGUUUGUCAGGGUCAGGUCUGGUUGUCCUAGACUGGACACCACUGUCAUCGUCGGACAAGUCAUCAGUCUGAUGUCCCUCAACACAGGACAUGAACCUCACCAGUCUGUGCUUCAUCACCUUCCUGCUGUCAGGGUAGUAGACCAUAUAGGCUGGACUGUUCCUGUCGUAACCAAUGAAGAUGCCUUUGUCAGACCUUGACUCUAGCUUCUUCCUGUCCUGCCUGUAGGCAUAACACACAGUACCAAACUUCUGCAUCCUGGAGACAUUAGGUCUCCUUCCUGUCAGCAUAAAGUAAGGCGUCUCUCUGGUGCGGUUGUUGAAACAUCUAUUCCUCACCACUGCAGCAGUCUGGACCGCAUACGGCCAUAGCUCCUUGGCUAACUGGCUCUCCAAGAGCAUACAUCUAGCCAUGUCAAAAAGGGUUCUCCAGUUACGCUCGGCAGUGCCAUUCUGGUGUGGCGAGUAUGGUGCUGAUGUUUCAUGUCUGAUUCUAUUUCUACCCAGUAGGGCUUGGUAACCCUGCCCUGUGAACUCUGUACCAUUGUCAGACCUGAUAUACUUCACUUUCCCAUAGGGGGCUGUGUCAACUAGAAACCUCUGUGUCACUCUUGUGUUUUAGACAGUACACAAACACUGCACUUGAGUAGUCAUCAGUAAAGGAAACUGCAUACCUAGACCCCUCCUUGGACUCUGGGUCAAUGGGGCCUGCCAAGUCAGUGUGAACCAGCUCCAAGGCUGAUUUGGCCCUCACAUCAGGCUUCCUGUUCCUGCUCUGAGUGAACUUGCCCUGAGUACACACUUCACAUAUCAUGGAUCUUGACACUUUACCACUGAUUGACAUUCCAUCCACUACAUUCUCCAACUUAAUGACAUCAUCAAAAUUACAGUGCCCCAAAAUCUCGUGCCACUCUCUGAAUAUCAUGACAGCUCAUACAUUGAUCGUCACAUUCACGGUUUACUGGCACAGUAGGCAAAUAGAACAGUCUGUUGUGCUCAUGAAUGGGGAAGCACGUACCGUCUCUGUACUGCAAGACGUCUCUUCUUUCCUUGAAGAUCACCGUUGCUCCACUGGAAGUUGCAGCUCUCACGGAGAAGAUGUCUUGGGGAUACGAGGGGAUGUACAGCGCCUGCUUCAGUGUGGCACUGAGGCGCUGCCCCCUGCUGUCGACCAGACACACCUAGGCGUUUCCUCUGCGGUCCGCGACCCCCGUGCAGCUUGUGCCAUCGGCCAGCUCCACGUAGUGCUUCUCUGUUUCUACUCACGCCGGAUAUCUCUGCGCACAAACGUCAAACGCAUCUGGGCCCAUAACCUGUUAAGCAGAGCUUGACUGCAUGUAUCGACUCAACAUAUAUAAACUUGGGAGGACAAAAACACUGGAUGCAAGUUUGUUUGAAUGAUACUCCAGUGCUUUAUUACCCGCAGGUGCAUCAGCUUAUAUAGACCGUGGUCACAUGACACACACACACCUGAAGUGUAUAAACAAUAAUUGGGAGCACAAUCAGUCUCAAUUAACAGAUACAGAUUUUUGAAUGCUGAUAACAGUAUUAUUAUGUGUCCCUGCAGGAAAUGAACAGGCCCAGUGUGCUUGAAUACAAGUGGACAGCACACGGAUGACGACACUGAACACAAGUCCCCAAUAGACUGAAUCACUUUAGAAAUCCUUUACUUUUUGAGCCGUUAAAUGUAAACCAAAUUGUGGGGGUUUUCUUGAUGCUUUUAAAACAUUAAUGUAUCCGUUUGUGACCUGUGAUUUAAUUUUUACAUUUUAAGUCCACAAAUGUUAUGCUUUGUGGCACUUAGCACUUUUGAUCUCGAUCGUCAGUUUUUAAACACCACAAUGUAUUGUAUGUUACGUUCCAGAUUAAAGUAACGUCACUUUUUGACUC